CUGUGUGGACAGACGUACUGAGAUCUAACUGUUGAUGUUGAUCCACAGAGUGGAGCAGCAGAACUCAGAGGUUCCCAGAGCUCAGUCUGUCCAGCAGCAUCACCUGGACUCCAUAUUCAUGCUGCUGGAGGACAACAUGGUGACUUUUGUGAAGAAGGAGCUGAAGAGGAUGAAGAAGGUUGUGAGUCCAGAUUACCCAGAAUGCUCAGAGAGUCAGAGGGAGGAUGAGGAGGAGUUGGAGGGUGAUGAUGAAGAGCAGAGGAGCAGCAGAGAGAUGUUUGAGCAGAUCACAGUGUUGUUCCUGAGGAGGAUGAAGCAGGAGAAGCUGGCUGACUGUCUGCAGAGCAAACUUGCUGCUGCAGUUUGUGGACGUAAACUUAAACGUGGUCUGAAGAAGAAGUUCCAGAGAGUGUUUGAGGGCAUCGCUAAAGCAGGACAGAAGACCCUCCUGAAUGAGAUCUACACAGAGCUGUACAUCACAGAGGGAGGGACUGCAGAGGUCAAUGAUGAACAUGAGGUCAGACAGAUUGAAGCAGCAUCCAGGAAAGCAGACAGAGCAGAAAGAAGCAUCAGAGCAGAAGACAUCUUUAGAGGCUCACCUGGAAGAGAUGGACCAAUCAGAACAGUGAUGACAAAGGGAGUGGCUGGCAUCGGGAAAACAGUGUUAACACAGAAGGUGACUCUGGACUGGGCUGAAGACAAAAGCAACCAGGACAUCCACUUCAUGUUUCCAUUGACUUUCAGAGAGCUGAAUGUGCUGAAAGAGAGAAAGUUCAGCUUGGUGGAACUUGUUCAUCACUUCUUCAGUGAAACCAAAGCAGCAGGAAUCUGCAGCUUUGAAGACUUCCAGGUUGUGUUGAUCUUUGACGGUCUGGAUGAGAGUCGCCUUCCUCUGGACUUCCACAACAAUGAGGUCCUGACUGAUGUUAGAGAGUCCACCUCAGUGGAUGUGCUGCUGACAAACCUGAUCAGGGGGAAUCUGCUUCCCUCUGCUCGCCUCUGGAUAACCACACGACCUGCAGCAGCCAAUCAGAUCCCUCCUGACUGUGUGGACAUGGUGACGGAGGUCAGAGGGUUCACCGACCCACAGAAGAAGGAGUACUUCAGGAAGAGAUUCAGAGAUAAGAAGCAGGCCAGCAGCAUCAUCUCCCUCAUGAAGAAGUCACGAAGCCUCCACAUCAUGUGCCACAUCCCAGUGUUCUGCUGGAUCACUGCUACAGUUCUGGAGGAGCUGCUGAGAAGCAGAGAGGGAGGAGAUCUGCCCAGAACCCUGACUGAGAUGUUCAUCCACCACCUGGUGGUUCAGGCAAAAGUCAAGAAGGUCAAGUAUGAUGGAGGAGCUGAGACAGAUCCACACUGGAGUCCAGACAGCAGGAGGAUGAUUGAGUCUCUGGGAAAACUGGCUUUUAAUCAGCUGCAGAGAGGAAACCUGAUCUUCUAUGAGUCCGACCUGACAGAGUGUGGCAUCGAUGUGGAAGCAGCCUCAGUGUACUCAGGAGUGUUCACACAGAUCUUUAAAGAGGAGAGAGGACUGUACCAGGACAAGGUGUUCUGCUUCGUCCAUCUGAGCGUUUAG